AUGGCGGCAAGGCGACUGGCCAGCCUGGCCUACCGCUUCAGCGCCCUCUCACUGCCUUCUCCUGGUCUCUCUGUCGUAGUUCGCCGGCGGAUAGCUCAGACUCAACGUCGAGCCUCCUCAACAGCCCAUGCCCUUCAGCUCGACAAUCACGACGCGACCCCUUUAUCCAGCGCUCCCACCUUCGCACGCCCACCUCCAACCCCUCGAGACUCGUCCCCUACCUCAGGAGAGGCCAUCCUCCCCGCCGUCGUACUCCGCGACUAUCAGCACGACGCUAUCCAAGCAUGCCUCGACGCGCUCUCCUCCGGCCUGACCCGGAUCGGCGUCUCCUCUCCUACCGGCAGCGGCAAGACCACCAUGUUCAUGCACCUCAUCCCUCUCAUUGCGUCCCCCGAAGGAUCUCAGGACGGGCGAGGACGGACUUUGAUACUGGUGGGAAGUGUGGAACUGGCGAAUCAGGCAGAGGCGGCCGCAAGGCGGUUGUUGGGGGAGGGGUAUAGUGUGGAGGUGGAGCAGGCUGGACGGCGAGCGAGUGGGAGGGCUGACGUGACUAUCGCUACUUAUCAGACGCUGAACAAUGUGGAGAGGCUGAGGAAGCUCGAUCCGAGGUUGUUCAAGCUGGUCAUUGUGGACGAGGCACACCAUGCGGCCGCUAUAUCGUACCUGAGGAUGCUGCAUUACUUCAACCAGGAUGUCGAGCUGCCUGAGCUCAUGUCUCCGAUAGAACCCGCCGACCACGGUAAUAGGGUCCCCAUCGUAGGCUUCAGUGCGACUUUCAGUCGUCCAGACCAGCUUGCUCUCAGCGCAGUGUUCGAGAAGAUCGUCUACCACCGCGAGAUCACGUCGAUGCUGGAAGAGGGAUGGCUCUCGCCCGUCAGAUCCACCUCCGUCAAGUGUAAUCUCAACCUCAGGACCGUCGAGCUCAACAGCCAGGGCGACUUCAAUGCCGCUUCUCUAGCAAGUCAUUUGAAUACGCCCGAUGUCAACAACUUGGUCGUCGGUACUUAUCUCCAUCGGGCAUCUGACCGCCGAUCAACCCUCGUCUUCUGCGUCGACCUCACACAUGUCGCCGAUCUGACUCAAGCCUUUCGUGAUGCCGGUGUUGAUGCGAGAUCCGUCUCGUCGCUAUCUCGGCCGCAUGAACGCAAGGAGACGAUCAGGGCGUUCUCGUCGGGCGAGUUCCCGGUUUUGAUCAAUUGCGAGGUUUUGACGGAAGGCACAGAUAUCCCCCAGAUUGACUGUAUCAUACUAGCCCGGCCAACAAAGAGCAAGAACCUCUUGGCCCAGAUGGUUGGACGAGGUCUCCGACUCUGCCCCGAAACAGGCAAGACCGAGUGCUACCUCAUCGACAUCGUCGACAAUGUCUCGCGUUCAAACGGGAUGCUGGUCUCGCCGACACUUUGGGGAUUGAGCCACGACGAUAUGGCGGAGGAUCAGCGUCGCGCGAUGGAGGGCGAGCAACAACAACAUGGAGAAGAGACCGCAUCUGUGAGGCCAGGCGGAGGGGGCGAUGUGUCAGGUAUGAAGGUCACGUAUCUGGACCAUGAUGAUCCGUUCCGGCUCGCCAAGAAGGGGGACGCGCCCUUAGCUGUCAUGUCAAACAGUGCCUGGGUCAAUUGCGGGAAGAGCCGGUAUAUCCUGGAGCUCCUCGACCAGGGCUAUAUGCUCGUUGAACCAUCACCUGCGGCGGAGGCUGCAGCAUGGUCCGUCAACUACCGUCAAAAGCUCCCCGCCUAUCUCGGCCACUUCUCUCCCAAAGUCCGGCAGGUCGCUCUGGCGGAUACGCUCGAGCGGGCACUCCAGACCGCCGAUAGAUAUGCAGAGAAGAAGGUGGGGAGGGAGUUGUUUUUGAAACUCUCUCGAUACGCCCCUUGGCGACACCGUCCGCCCUCCCCUAGAGCCCUCGAGCAGGUGAUCAGGAUGAAGGGUGAUCCGGUCCGAGAUGCGAAGGGGAAUUUGAUCGCGGUGAACAUGAUGGGAAGGCUGAUGCCUGUUGAGAAGAUCACUGCUGGGCACGUGGCUUCCUACCUUUGUGCCGCAAACCAUGGGGGUGUUGGGGCUAGAAAGUCGAUGGACUCGGCAGAGAGAACGAAAGAGACCCGCAAACUCGCCAAAGAAGAGAAGGCUCGGAAGCUGGCCGAGAGGAACCUCGCCUUGCCAUCGUGA